CAAAGUUGAUACCUCCGUUCAGGAUCCACACAAUUGAGCAUGAAUGUUGGAACGACAAGGGCCCUGCCUACGAUUUCGGAGUAGCAGAGGAAGUGAGAGAAUUGCUUAGAGCAAAGAUGGAUUCCUUCGCGGCAGAACCCACCACAUCGUCGUACGCGAAGAGAUGGUUUGUGUUCCGGAAGCGUAACAAGUCGCUUAAGUGGAUCCAGGAUCUGCAGAAACUGAACGUUGUCACCAUCCGGGACGAGGGGUCGUUGCCUCAAGCAGACCUGCUGACAGAAUCCCACGUCGGACGAAGCAUUUACUCGUUGGUAGACCUCUAUUCUGGAUACGAUCAGCUUCCGCUGGACGUCCGGGAUAGACCUUUCACGGCCAUGCAUACCUCGGUAGGCCAACUACAAAUGCAAGUGACUCGUAUGGGCUUCACCAAUGCCGUGGCGGAAGCACAAAGGAGAAUGCUCGCAGUUGCGGGAGACAUGUUCCCUGCAAAAUGCAAACCUUGCAUUGACGACAAUUCGACCAAGGGCGCACGGGACAAGGAUAAAAUAGAAAUUCAGCCCGGAAUACAAAGAUUUUUGUGGGACCACUUCCAGGAUACCAAGGAGCUUCUCUGCAGGUUCCUGGUGUACAAUAUCACUGCUAGCGGUCCCAAGAGUAUGCUGGCAGUUUCGGAAGUGACCAUCCUGGGGUUUAGUUGCGGGUUAUAUGGGAGGAAGCCCGACCUGGCCAAGACUGAUAAAAUCUCCCAAUGGCCAACGCCUCUACGAACCACAACGGAAAAAGGAGGUACUGGUCGUUCUCCACUGUCUCAAGACCAUUCAAACCUCUUUGGAAGGAGGUUCAUCUUGAGGAUCAACCCAACAAACGUCGCAGGGGCGUCGAAGAACUACAAGCCUAUAGACCCUACCGUCGGAAGAUGGGUUGGGUUCAUUUGGCAGUUUGAUUACAAGAUCGAGCGCAUAGUCGGUCUUCGGAAUAGGGCUGAUGGCUUGAGCAGGGUUUGCAUUACACUGGAGGGAGUAGAGUACAUGGAACCUAUCAAUGCGUUCCUUGACUAUGAGGGAGGGACCCUUGUGAUAGACAACGAGAUGGUAGAGUCUGCCUGUAUAUCCGGGGAAUUAUUGAUUAAGGCAUUGGAGAAAGGGUCUCCUGUUGUGGUGGCAAAACUUAGGGAGGGAGUAGUUACAAGGACCGGCCGGAAGGAAGAGGACUCCUCAUGGGGUGACAUUGUGGGGCCUCAUAAAGAGCUGAUGGCAAUGGCUGUAGAAGGGGGACGAGAAACGGUUACGAGUUUGGUUGAGUCUUGGGAACAAAAGCGGUAAUAGUACUUAGUAAACCAAGUGUAGAAUG